AUGAAGGGGCGGUUGUUGAACUGUUUUUUAACUCAAUGUCGAAUUAUUACUGGCAGGAAAAGUAAGUUGAUUGUUCCGCAAAUGAUCUCAGAAAGGAUUGUGCCUAUUACUCGAAAAAUUGAUACUCCCCAGUUCAGGGCACUAUUCACACCGGAACUCAAUAAACUAAAUGAUCUUUUUGUUAAAAACAAAUUCCAGUUAAGGAUGGCUGGUGGUGCAGUUCGUGACCUUCUGAUGGGUAUUAAACCUGUUGAUGUUGACUUCGCUACUAAUGCAACACCUGAGGAAAUGAAGGCUAAUGUAGAUCGAUCUAUAUCAGCAGAAAAAAUAAAAUGCGAAAUGUUCACUCGUGAAGAAGUUCGAAUGCUAAAUAAGAACGGCGAGGAACAUGGUACUGUUACUUGCCGCAUUGAUGAUAAGGAGAACUUUGAAAUUACAACAUUAAGGAUUGAUAUACUUUGCGAUGGUCGUCGAGCAGAAGUUGAGUUCACAACUGACUGGCAACUUGACGCAAAUAGGCGUGAUUUGACAGUAAAUUCUCUUUUUUUAGAUUUUGAUGGUACUGUAAUUGAUUAUUUUGGUGGAAUAAAUGAUUUGGAAAAUCGAAGGAUCAUUUUUGUUGGUGAUGCAAAUCAAAGAAUUCAGGAAGAUUAUUUAAGAAUCUUACGAUAUUUUCGUUUUUUCGGCCGAUUGGCUUUAGAUGGUAAAAGACAUGAAAAAUCAACAUUGGAGGCCAUAACUAUAAAUAAAGAUGGUCUAAAAGAUAUAAGUGGUGAACGUAUCUGGAUGGAACUGAAAAAAAUUUGUGUUGGUCGUCUGGGUGGCGAUGUACUAACUACUAUGCUUCAACAGUGUGGUCUGGCUUCUUUAUUAGGGCUUCCAGAAAAUGCUGAAACGUCUUACUUUUGCAUACUUUAUGAACGUUUCUCUCCAAACAUAGAAGCAAUGACUUUGUUAUCAUCGUUAUUCACUGAUAUUGAACAAAUUGAAGUAUUUCAUCAAAGAUGCAAAUUAUCCUAUGCUGAGAAAAGUCUUGCUGAAUUUAUAUUAAAUCUUCGUGAUCAGGCAAAAGAGAAUUCGUGUUCAAUAUUGUAUUUCCAAAAUGUUCUACUGCAUGAAGAACGAUUGCAUAAAUUUACAAGGAAAAAAGUUCAAACAACUCGAGAAAAGGUAAUUGAAUUAGCAAAGUAUGUUAUGGCCGAAGAUAAACUCAUCAACGAGUUAAGUAUGUGGGAAGCACCAGUAUUUCCAGUAGGUGGAGUUGAUUUACUGCGUAACAAAGUUCCUUCUGGGCCAGUUGUGAAACUGAUUUUGGAUCAUCUUUUCAAAUUAUGGAUUGAGAGUCAGUGGACACUUAGCAAAGAAGAGUUAUUGAAGCAUAUCAAUGACAAUGAAUGGGGUGAAGAAAAAAGACUUGAGAAGCUUAAACGCAGACAUAGUUCUGCUGAUAGACAGGAAGUUUUAUAA